UUAAUUCUUUGUAUUUUUUUAAAAUCUGGAAUGUUGGGAUGCAUUUCACCAUCCAAUCAGCAUCCCUGUAGGAGUCAACCUGGCCCUUUCCACUGGACUGCUGCUUAAUAUUGGACCCUUAAUAGCUUGGACAUGUUUGGCCCAGGGCAACUGGUCUCUACUCUCCUGCCUGCAGUUUUCCAUUCACCUGCAGCUCACUUUUUCCCGGCAUUCCCAACCAGACUGAGCUCUCAGCCUCAGAUUCUGAUCCCGGGGCCCUUUAUCAGCUACGAAACCUUGAGGAGUUAUCUGCAGCCGGAGCCAUGCAAGGAGGCUUUGCUCCUGGCCACACAGGCAGUCGGGAUGGGGCCACUCACAGAGGCCAUAGAUGAACAGAGGCCAGUGAAGCAGCGUCGCGCACGGGCCAACUACAGCAGCUGGCAGCUGGAGGAGCUGGAGAAGGCCUUCGAGACCACACACUACCCGGACAUCUUCAUGAGGGAAGCCCUGGCCCUCAGACUGGACCUCAUUGAGGCCAGAGUACAGGUUUGGUUUCAAAAUCGUCGUGCCAAGAUGAGGCGACAGCUCAAGCUCCAGGGCCAGCUUGUUGCUGGGUCUUAUGUAAAGAGAGACAGUGAUGAAACAUCUGAGGGAGUGAAAAGGAGUUUAAAACAGCACUCAGAGAGUUCUGACAGCGAGCACUGGGAGAAGCGACAGGAAGGAGAAAAUUACCCAUGGACAAAAGCUGUGAGUGGCGCGCUGAGCGGGCAUAUGCAGCCUGUGACCCAGAAGAUGGAGAAGUGGGAGAGGCCGGAGGGGCCGAGCUCAGACGAGCUCCGCUCCUGCAGCAUCGCCAAUCUGAGGGCCAAAGCCAGAGAGCACGAGGCCGAGAUCCACAGCACUGUAAACAUGUCAGGAGGUGACACACAGUCACAAACACAGGAAGCUGAUGCUAUGCACAGUGAUUGAUUCUUUUCCUUCUUCCUGUUUGUAUAGAUAAUCAUAACCUAAAGAAAAACAGUGUAUACCAUCAAUAUGCCUGAACUUUCUGAGCCUUUUCAUCAUUUAGCUGUUAUAAUUAAAAUAUGUCUUACAAUAUAAAAUAUUAGUAAUAUCUACAGAACUAUAGACAAGUGGUUAUACUGUAGCUAUUUCUAAUUUUGCCUUCAUGGUACAUCCAGCCUUUGAGACAUUUUCUUGACUUUUUAUUUUAUUUUAUUUUCAUAGAACUUUUAAACUUCUCUCGAAUUUUUGCAUGUGAACAUGUAUCACUGUUUUUUCUGUUUUGAUAGAAAUGUAGAACCGUUAAAAGGUUUUAUACGCUACAUGUAUUAGUUAACAUCACAUGCAUGGGCUUUUUAAGCCUCUUAUAUUUUGAAUGUGAUUUUCAUCGCAUCUUAAAUGUUAAUUUUUACUCUGAAUACAGAUACUGCAGAUACUGUACUCUGGGUCUUAAACAGAACAGAGCAGUGACAAAUGGCAAAUGUUGCCAUCUUAUCAUGUCAAGUGAUUUUAAAAUGAUUUCACCAGUGACGAGCUCAUCCAUGACCUCUCAGGUUACCUUCACAGACAGGCAGGAUGUCUGCGUGCAGCCACAUGUCCUCACAGGAAACAAUGGAAAUAGCUGAAAACUCCAAUCAUGAAGAGUGAGUCUAUUGUAUGUAGAUGACAUGAUACAUGUCUAUGUUUUUUUGUUUUUUUAAAUAUAGCUUAUACAUUAAAGACCUGGCUGCGCUGACAUUUGGUAGAUAGUGACACAGAUUGUAUAAAGAGCUGUGAAGGUGAUUUAAAGCAGUCAACAAAUACAACAAUGAUAAUAUCAUAAUGAAAUAUCAGCUGUGGUAGAUCAAUGUUGAGGUCAUUAGAUGUGACUUAGUGAAGAACAAUAUGCAUCUAGUUUUGCCCUAACAAAUAAAUUCAGGUUACGCCACAUAAACACCACAAACUGACAAGACGGUGAAUGAAAGUGAAUCAUUAAAUGUUAAGAAAACAUUAAGCAGAGGGGCUGGAAGCAUUUCAUAAUCUCUUGGGUGUGUUUUUACUGAAUACAUCAGACUUUACUCACACACAAAAAACAUGACAGGAAGAUACUGGUUUGAAACAUCAGCUCAUAAAUUCCACAUAAAGUUUUAAUAAAUCGAAUGUUUCAUCUUCUGAUAAUAGAGAUUGAUAAUGUGAAUAGUAUAAGAUGAUAAAAGUAAUGGUUUAUAAAACUGCCUAUUUCCAUAACAUCGACUGGUUGUUCUGAACUGUGCACACAGUCUGCAGGCGGUGUGCUGGCGUAAUUCUACUUUAACUUACAUACAUCUUAUAUAUGCUAUUACAUACUAUUGCAUGGGAGUGAUACUAAUAAUGUGUAUGCAUUGUUUAUGCAUGUGACCACAGGUUUGGAGUGAUCAAAGUAUCUCUAAACAGUGCAGAGUGACACUGCCCCCUUCUGGGCACGAAGGUGUCCUCAGACAGGAAAGAUGUGGCAACAUACAGUGAGAGUUUUUAAAAUGCAACAACUGUUUGCAUCUUUUUUUUCCCCCUGUAAUGUCAUCACACAUCUUUCAAGUGUUGUUUGCAAUACUUUUAAAUCUGUGUUGCUCUGCUUAAAUUUU